GUCUUGUUGUUUUUUUUUAGCCUGUUGAUCAGCCUGUAACAUGUAAAAAACUGUAAUAUUUGUUCUUAAUUCUUAAAUUUUUUUUUAAAAUAUUGACUAUUUCUAUUUUGUAGGUGAUAAAAUGCCACUGAAUCAAGCUGCAAGAGGUGAUGCAUAUGAAAAUGUGGAUCUAGGAAAGGACAAUACUUAUGCCAAUGCUGCAUUUGAUGGAAAAGAGGAUGAAGUAUGUCAGAAUGUCCAGGGAGCGAAGUGUGGCCGAGAUGAAGAUGGCCUAGUGUACGUUGGUAUAGACUUCUCCAGCACUACCCCAAGCAGAGCCGUGCACAAGACCGAGGAAUCUGUGGAGUACAUGUCCAUUGACUGGAACAAGAAGGCACAACCACUUCCUGAUGGAGAUGAACAGAAGAAAGAAAAGAGUGAAAAGUAGUAGUCACUCGGCAGCUUCUCCUUUAGAACAUUUUAACUCUUUGUUUGCUGCCGGCAGCAAAUGCUUCUCAAUGUUACGUCCUACUGAGCCACUCCUGGUAGAAUCUUGUGCCCAAUAGAAGCUCUUUAUUUUAGUGUAAAUCGUUACUGUCUGCCCCCAUUAUUAUACUAAUACGUUUAAUCACUGAAACCCACCUAAAACCAGGGCUCACCCUGGAUCAAAAAUACCUGUAGCCAAAAUAUUAGCCAAAUGGAAUUUUUAUUAGCCAUAUUGAAAAUGCUUUAGCCAAAUU